AUGCCACUAACCCCCAUAUCUCGACAGGAUGUCAACGAAGCUGGCCGUCCUGCAUGGAGCAAUCUCCCUCCAAUCCCUCCUGAUAUCGAUAAUGGAAAAGUCGAUGACAACAUCAACCAGAGCUGGGACUGGCUCUUUGGUAUUUUCUACAAUCGCGAACCAACCUUCGACGACUCGAGUCUCGCCACGAUCCUUGCUUGCGUCAUGGGCCUGAUCGAGUGCGCAGAGUCCGUUGGCGCCAUUGAUCACUUGGUUUCUUCCGUCAAUGGUUCGCGCAGGAAAUUUUCGGACGACCGCACACGCCACGCUCCAGAUGGUGGACUCAGCUUCUAUCUGGCCAUCGCCGAGGGGGCCCAGGCUUAUCCAGACCAUCGCCGAUUCCAGGAUUUUCACAAGUAUUUUCCCAUGAGUAUCAAAGCAUGUCACGUUCUCGAGGCCAACAUGGGUGUCUUGAAAGAGGAUGUCAAGUACUUCGUCCGCGAUCUCUUGGAAGAACACACACAUCUCAAGCGCGAUGAGUAUGAGAUCCACUGGCUUACUUGCGCGACUAUCGACAAGAAGGAUUUGCCAUGGUACACUGCUGCAACACCGAAGGGGAAGGUCCACGAGUUGAAGAGCUUGUAUGACACACUUCUUGAUGAGAAUGCGAGGGGGACUGGGCAGAUCGACAAGGGCAAGGGUGUAGUUCGAACUCCGAUGCGUGGAAAGAAGAGAACGAGAAUGAUUGGGGACGACGACGAUGGUAGCAUGUUCAUAGACACGGAUGAGGAUUGA